AUGGAUCUGCUGGGUGGCGCCGAGCGGGAAUACUUUCAGGUGGCAGUGCGGCUGCGGGGCGGCGUGGAGCGGGAGUACUUCCAGGUGGCAGUGCGGCUGCGGGGCGGCGUGGAGCGGGAGUACUUCCAGGUGGCAGUGUGGCUGCGGGGCGGUGCGGAGAACACAGCCCCCUCCCUGGGCUUCGCGGCACUGCUGGUGGCCGAGCUGAGUAUUGAACAGGCUCAAGAUGUGGCAGAGCAGGUUGAGAUGAAAGCAAAGGUGCUGCAGUCUGCAAUCAAAGCUAUGACAUAUCGACAUAAGAAGGCCCUGGGAAAACAGGAACGUGAGCUGCUGUGGAAUGUAGAAAAGAUUAAUCAAGUCAAAGCCAAGUCCCUUUACCUGCAAGUUGAAAAGUUGCGUCAGAAUCUAAAUAAACUGGACAACACUAUUAGUGCAGUUCAGCAGGUCCUAGAGGAGGGUCGUAGCAUGGAUAUUCUCUUGGCGCAGGGUUGCAUGCUGGCUCAAGUGCAGGAGCUGAAGAAUGUGAGAGGACUUCUACAGCCGCAGGAGGAUGACAGAAUCAUGUUCACUCCUCCUGACCAGGCUCUGUAUACAGCCAUUAAAUCAAUGGGGUUUGUCAGCAGUGGGGCUUUUGCUCCUCUUACCAGAGCCACUGAAGGUCUGAAAUGUGCACUACAGGGCAGAGUGGCCUCCUUCACAGUGACAUGCUAUGACCAUGAUAGUGACCCACGCCUUUCAGGGGGUGAUAUGAUCUCUGCAGUGGUGAUGGGUCUUGAUGGAAACCUGUCCGGCACAGAUGUCCAUGAUCAGCAGAAUGGAACCUACCUGGUCAGUUACAGACCACAGCUGGAGGGAGAACAUCUAGUCUCUGUCAUGAUGUGCAACCAUCACAUAGAGAACAGUCCGUUCAAGGUCAUAGUAAAAUCUGGGCUCGGUUACAUUGGCAUUGGACUACCAGGGAUUUCAUAUGUCAGCGAUGAAAACAAUGAUGGCAAGCUGUGUCGCCCCUGGGGAGUUUGCGUAGACAGAGAAGGGUACAUCAUGGUGGCUGAUUGCAGUAAUAACUGCAUUCAGGUGUUUAAGCCCUGUGGCACCUUUCAUCACAGAUUUGAAUUGGGUUCUGCGCCUGGUCAGUUCGAUCGCCCUGCUGGUGUUGCCUGUGAUAUCUUGCGUAGGAUUGUCAUGGCUGACAAGGCUAAUCAUCGCAUCCAGAUCUUUACAUUUGAUGGGCAGUUCAUUCUGAAAUUUGGGGAAAAGGGAAACAAGAAUGGACAAUUCAAUUAUCCAUGGGAUGUGGCAGUCAACGCCGAGGGCAAAAUCCUGGUCUCUGACACAAAGAACCAUCGGAUUCAACUGUUUGGACCUGAUGGUGGGUUUCUGAAUAAGUACGGCUUCGAGGGGGAACUCUCAAAGCAUCUUGAUCAUCCCAGAGGUGUUACCUUCAAUCAAGAAGGCUACCUUGUGGUAACGGAUUUUAAUAAUCAUUGCCUAGUAGCUAUUGAUCCGGAUUGCCAGUCGGCACACUUCCUUGGGUCAAAAGGCACCAGCAAUGGCCAGUUCCUGCGCCCACAAGGCGUGGCUCUGGAUCAAGAGGGGUACAUCAUUGUGGCCGAUUCUAGGAACCACCGAGUGCAGAUAUUUAAGUCAAAUGGCAGAUUUUUAUGCAAAUCUGGCACUCAGGGAAGUGGCUUUGGUCAAAUGGAUCGACCUUCAGGUGUAGCUGUCACCCCUGAUGGCAUGAUUAUUGUGGUUGACUUUGGAAACAAUCGAAUUCUCAUCUUCUAA